AUGAACGUGAUAGACCGUUGCUGGCGCCGGACCACCAACUGGUCUAGUAACCGCCAACGCCUCGCCAUGUGUUCCAUUGGCUUCGCCGGAAAAAUGAGCAACAACAUCGGACGUGGCCUCACACGGUAUGUGGUCACUGACCCAACAGACGACCCAUUGAGACCUCGCUACGGCACACUCCGGCACGGCGCCACCCUUACAAAAGGCAAAGUCUGGAUAACAUUCCAGAGAGACAUGGUCAUCACUCUGAAGAAGCCAUUGUUAGUGAAGAGCAUGACCACCAUUGAUGGCCGUGGAGCCAACGUCCACAUCGCCAAUGGAGCCAGUUUAGUGCUCUACCAAGUCUCCAAUGUCAUCAUCCAUGGCCUUCACUUCCAUGACUGCAAGUCUCAGAGCCCUGGUGCUGUUGUGAUUCCUGGUGGGCAUGUCAUGCAGCUCAGUGAGAAUGAUGGUGAUGCUAUACGUCUUGUUCAAGCUUCCAAGGUUUGGAUUGAUCAUAAUACUUUCAGUAACAGUGAGGAUGGUUUGCUUGAUGUCACUAGAGGUUCCACUGGAAUCACUGUUUCUAAUAACUGGUUUAAAGAUCAUGACAAGGUCAUGCUUCUUGGCCAUGAUGAUGCCUUUCUUCUUGAUAAGAAAAUGAAGGUCUCUCUUCUCUUCAAUCGUUUUGGUCCUAAUUGCAACCAGCGCAUGCCAAGAGCUAGGCAUGGAUAUGUGCAUGUUGUGAAUAAUUUGUAUGAUGGUUGGGGAUUAUAUGCAAUUGGUGGGAGCAUGAGUCCAAGCAUAAGAAGUGAAGGGAAUUUGUACAUAGCAAGAGUGGGAGAUGGGAAGGAGAAGAAGAAGGUGACAGCAAGGAUUGGAGGGAGAUCAAGCAAGUUAUGGAACUGGGUUUCACUUAAAGAUAGGUUUGAAAACAAGGCUUAUUUCAAGCAGUCUGGAAGAAGAACAAGGACAAACCCUGGUUACAAUCGCAUGCAAAGGUUUCGUGUGGCUAAUGCUAACCAAGUCAGAGCUCUCACUAGGAAUGCUGGUGCACUGCGUUGCUCUGCUAAACGAGUUAGGUGUUGA